GGGGCCAAACAAAUAGAAGUUGACUCAAGACAAACAAACAAGCAGAGGGCAAGUCAAGAGGUGACAGGAAAAAGGAGGCGGAACGUGCUCAAGUUCGGGGAACCAAGACUAGGUGGACAAGUAGGCACUACGAAAUCCGUUUCGCCAUUCUCCGUCUCCGUUCUCAUUCCAAGUCAACGCGUCAACUGUUCAAGCCGAGAAAUUCAAUUCGAAAAAGCCCUAAGCUGAAACCACGUCAAAAUUUCCAGUUAUUACUGAGAGCGACGGAUCGGAUAAAGACGAGUGUGAUUAGUAUAACCACAAAGAAGUGCGGAAACCAUGUAUAAGUCGAAGCAGCGGUCGCUGUCGAAAGUGGGCCAGAAGCCCAGGAUUUUGCCUUUGAAGAAGCGACAAAUUCCCAGCAAAGUCAAGCCGAAGACUCAGCUGAAAUCCUCUAAGAAUCCGCUGAAGAAACCCGUGCGGCGUUCUCCUUUGAUGCGUGCAGCUUUGCAACCCACCAUUUUGGGCAAUCCCAAACAGAAGCCGCAGGUCAAAUCAAAGGUCACCUUCAAGAAGUCCAGCAGAAAAGCAAUUGAGGCCCCAUCGCCAUCGAUGGGAAUUGCUCGAAGGACCAAACUCGUGGAUGCGAGACCCCAAAAAAGAGGGGGAACUCCAGUACUUUUUCUGGUCAAGGAUUCGAAGGCUCAGCAGGCGGGCAAGAAGAAGAAGCCUUCGCCGGUGAGCAGGAGCCCCAAGGUCUAUCGAAUGGAUCCCCGAAGGAUGAGCCGAGUGGAGACGACGACCGCCGAGGGUGUGGACUUCUUCUAUCAUCUUGGCCAGAAGAUGAAGCAGCCGAUGGGAAGGGAUCAGCGAUUUCGAAGUGCCGGAUUCGAGGGACGAUUGGCAGGCGGUGGAGCAACUAGAUCGGCGAGGAACAGGACUGGUGUAUCAUCCGUGAUUGGAAAUGCCACCGGAGUUGGCAAGGAUGUGGUCGUGCCCCUGAGCAGCCGAUUGCCCAUCAUCGACUUUAUCUCCACCAACGAGUUUCACAAUAUGUAUCCUCCCAGGAACCGAAAACAGCGUUCUGCCUUAAAUGGAUAGUGAUUAGAGACUUGGAAAAAGCGGUUGCAAGUAUAAAUUAUCCGUUAUUUAUUUAUUUUGAUCAUGCAAAAAUUAUUUGAAAAGUAUCAAGAGAGUAGGGAACUUAAUCAUCGAGGAAAAAGAAUUUAGCAUACGUAUUUCUCUUUUUACGUUAUCACUUAAGCAAAUUAUCGUGAGCUUGACCAAUUAAUUAUUAUCGUAUGCUUUGCCAGAAGAACUAGGUGUUGGAAAAAACAAACAAACGUCAAGGAUGUAAUCAACAAAUUUAUGUGUGCUAAUCAAGUUACCCCAUUAAAACAAGUUUGAUAUUAAACCAGAGAUUCAUAUGGAAGGCCAGCGACACGGGUAAUGGAUUCAGUAAUCAACGAGUGUGGCAUUUCCGAACAAAAAGAACUUCUUCGCGGAACUUUCAAGCGAACGCGAAACAUUUUCAUUUCGGUUGGUUUAUUUGGACAUACCAGAAAUACAUAUUCCCCAAAUGAAA